AGUGAAUUCGUCAUCCGAUCAUAUGGUCGACAGCGUCGGACCGAAUCCUUACACAAACACUCCAUUGUUACCCAGCCUUUGCCAGUAGAGCCUUGCACCUCUGGAAUAUGGCAUCGCAGCUUCUCGCGUUUCAUAAGGAAAUUCUGGAAAAGAUACACGAUCCAUCGACUAGCGAGCUAUUGCUACUCGCUCGUGGUCUCGGGCUUCGCCAUGUCGUCUGUACACUCAUGAAGAUUUACGACUCUCCCCAGAAUUUGGUUCUCCUCGUCAAUACCACUUCGGAGGAAGAAGCUGCGGUUGGUGAGGAACUAGGUAUAAUGGGGUGCAGGAAACCUGGUUUGCGGACCAUUGGUUAUGAGAUGGGGAAACGAGACAGACAGGAUCUCUACAAGAAAGGUGGUCUUUUCUCCGUGACGUCGCGUAUACUGGUCGUGGACAUGCUGCAGUCGGAUAUUCCUACUGAACUCAUCACAGGGAUCCUCAUCUUGCACGCCGAGAGAGUCACUGCUCUCGCAUUGGAGGCAUUUAUCGUCCGACUUUACCGCGAAAAGAACAGCACUGGUUUCCUGAAAGCUUUUUCUGAUCAACCCGAAUGCAUCACGAGCGGGCUGUCACCCUUGCGAAAUAUUAUGAAAGAGCUUCAUUUACGGACAGUUCACAUAUAUCCUCGGUUUCACGAGACAGUCAAGGCAACUCUUGAGAACCGGAAGGCUGACGUCAUUGAGUUGUACCAACAUAUGACAGAAUCGAUGCAGACUAUCCACCACGCGAUAGUACAGUGUAUGACAAUGACCCUAUCUGAAUUAAAGCGUUCUCAUGUAACGCUCGAACUCGAUGACCUUACUAUCGAGAACGCCUAUUUCAAAUCAUUCGACGCAGUCGUUCGUAGGCAGUUGGAUCCAGUAUGGCACAAAGUUGGGCCAAGGACGAAGCAGCUUGUCAGCGACUUGUCUACCCUUCGCCGUCUGUUGACAUACCUUCUAACAUAUGAUGCCUUUUCUUUUCACGAGUAUCUCGAGACUCUUAUCGCUUGCAAUACUACUUCUUCUUUCAGUGGAGAAAAGCGCCUGAACCAGUCCCCGUGGAUGCUGACUGAUGCCGCAAAUAUAAUAUUUCAGACCGCGAAACGCAGAUGCUACACCCUUUCCAAGAAAUCUGCAGACAGCCUAGAAAACGUUAUAAUUGACGACCAGGAUGGAUGGGACGCCUUAGACGACAUAGAGGGAUCCCGAGGCCAGCCAAUUGAUAAACCUAAGAAAGCAUGGAUGCCCGAAGGAUUGGAUCCAGUCGCAGAAGAGCUUCCGAAAUGGGAGCUUCUUGCAGAUGUGCUGCAAGAAGUGGAGGAAGAGAUUUUAAGGCAUGAAAGUCUUCCUAAUAUUAGGGGCUCAAAUACGGUGCUAGUUAUGACUUCGUCUUCCCGGGCUUCUGCAUUGGUGAGCGAGUUUCUUGCAAACAUGGAUCUCGACGCACCCAAAGGUAAACGUGGCCGGAAAAUGAUGGAGAGGAAACUGCGGCAGUAUCUCUUCUGGAAAAGUAGGCUUACAAAUCAGAGUCGAGGGGGGAAGGUUCCGGCGCGUACCGUGGUGAAGAAGCAUGAUGCAACUCCUAUUGCGGCUAGCAAGUCAAUGGACGGGCCGGCGAACCGGAGCCUUGCUCUGAGGAAGAAGGAGGAAAUGAAGCAAGCAAGGGGUGCAAACAGACGCCGAGUACGUGGUGGCGCGCCUUCCACAACGAGUAAACCUCCGGCAAGCGCGAACUCGGAAAAUAUGACCAUAAACGACGAUGGUGAAGAGAUUGAAGCAUUCGUCGCAACACAGAAUUCAUCUGACUUCGGAUUGUUGGAACGGAUCAUCUCCGGUCAAUUUCAAGAUGAUUUUGACACCCGAUAUGGGUUACUGGCUUCAGAAGAAACUGUGGUGGUGAGGGCGUACUCGGACGAUUCGGACGACCGGGUCUUAGCAGAAUUGCAACCAAAAUUUAUCGUGAUGUUUGAACCUAGCCUUGAGUUCGUACGUAGAGUCGAGGUGUACAAAAACUCCCAUCCUGGCCUCGGUGUGAGAGUCUACUUCAUGAUUUACCAGUUGAGUUGCGAGGAGCACAAAUACCUUGCCGCCCUGAGACGCGAAAAGGACUCCUUCGAGCGGUUGAUUAAAGAACGAGCUGUGCGUUUGCCAACUUCUCUUCUCCGACUGCACUUGCGAUAUUUUACUAGACCAUGCUUGUUCCUGUCCGUAAUUGUCGACAUGCGAGAGUUUCGGUCAACACUGCCUUCACUGCUUCAUGCAUCUGGCCUUCAAGUCAUUCCAGCGACACUAACUGUUGGAGACUACAUCCUGACGCCCGAGAUAUGCGUCGAGCGGAAGAGCAUACCGGAUUUGGUUUCUAGUUUCAACAGUGGCAGGCUUUACACGCAGUGCGAACUUAUGUCAGUGCACUACAAGCAACCAAUUCUUCUUAUCGAAUUUGAAGAGAACAAAGCCUUUUCACUAGAGCCCAUUGCCGAAACGACAAAGUCCUAUGCAAAGCCGACCGCAAAAACGGCUUCCAAAAAGGAUACUGGGCCUUCCGAAACAGAUCGGAUUCCUUCUCUUCAGUCAAAGAUUGUCCUCUUGACACUGCAUUUUCCCCGGGUUCGAAUCAUAUGGUCAUCCUCUCCUUACGCAACUGCGGACAUAUUCAAUGACUUGAAGGCUAACAAUCCAGAGCCAGACCCAUCACGCGCCAUUGCUAUUGGAGCUGAGGAAGACCCCGAUGUCGAUGCAGGUGUCAACACUGCAGCGGAAGACCUGUUGCGGUGCCUCCCUGGGAUCUCAGCUAAAAAUGUGAAGUACGUGAUGAGCAAGGUUAACAGCGUGCGUGAGUUCUGUGAAAUGACCAGAGAGGAAAUACAAGGAAUUCUUGGAGUCGAACCUGGGGGUCGGUGUUGGGAAUUCAUGCAUGGGAUUGGAAGCAUGCGUUCGUAGCGAAUAGGUCGACCUGUCCCUUUCACCUCUGUCCCUAGAAGGGUGGAUUGCGUGUACCUAUUGCCAGUAUCCGUCGUUCGCAGAGUACGAUUCAUUGUCGAGGGCCCUAGGCCUUAUCCUGGACACAUCACAGCUCCCAUUUGGUUUAGUUUAGAGCAUGACUGUGUC